CCUCCCGCUGUCCCGCCCUCUCCCGCUGCCGCCGCCGCCGCGCCCGCCUCAGCGCCUCCACUCCGCGCUCGGGAGCGAGGAGCCGCCAGCGCCCCCGCCCCGCCGCCGCCUCAGCGCCCUCCGGCCGCCAUUCGCCACCGAAACUUUCCAGCGCCCGCGUUCUCUCCGGGACUCGGCGGCGGCGGGGCUGGGGCGGCCCGGGGGCGGCGCGCGGCUGCUCUGGGGCGCCGGGCCCUCUUCGGCCGCCGCACGGCCGGGGCUCGGAGGCUGCCGGCCGGAGGGAGGUUCGGAGCGCGGCCGGGCGCGCGGCGCCGCCACAAGUUGCGCUGCUCGCGACGAGAUUUCCGUGAGGGUGGAAGAAAAUCAUACCAUAUCGGAUGCCUCGCAGAGCACCAGGCCCACCGUGAAAGGUUUUUCCCACUCGGCUUUCACAUUUGGGAUUGAGAGCCACAUCAGCCAGUCCAACAUCAUUGGGACGCUAGUGCCACCGGCUGCCCUCAUCUCCAUUCUCCAGAAGGGCCUGCAGUAUGUAGAGGCCGAGAUCAGUAUCAACGAGGAUGGCACAGUGUUCGACGGCCGCCCCAUAGAGUCCCUGUCACUGAUAGACGCCGUGAUGCCCGACGUGGUGCAGACGCGGCAGCAGGCAUUCCGAGAGAAGCUCUCUCAGCAGCAAGCCAGUGCGGAGGCGGCAGCAGCUGCGGCCACGGCAGCAGCGACAACAGCCACCACGACCUCAGCCGGCGUUUCCCAGCAAAAUCCAUCGAAGAACAGAGAGGCCACGGUGAAUGGGGAAGAGAACAGAGCACAUUCAGUCAAUAAUCACGCGAAGCCAAUGGAAAUAGAUGGAGAGGUUGAGAUUCCAUCCAGCAAAGCCACAGUCCUUCGGGGCCAUGAGUCCGAGGUGUUCAUUUGUGCCUGGAAUCCUGUCAGUGAUUUGCUAGCCUCUGGAUCCGGAGACUCAACUGCAAGGAUAUGGAACCUAAAUGAGAAUAGCAACGGGGGCUCCACCCAGCUCGUGUUGAGGCACUGUAUACGAGAAGGGGGCCAUGACGUCCCGAGUAACAAAGAUGUCACCUCACUGGACUGGAAUACCAAUGGAACACUCUUGGCUACAGGUUCAUGUGACGGUUUUGCAAGAAUAUGGACGGAAGAUGGUAACCUGGCCAGCACCUUAGGCCAACAUAAAGGCCCCAUCUUUGCCUUGAAAUGGAACCGAAAGGGGAAUUACAUUUUGAGUGCUGGUGUAGACAAAACAACAAUAAUUUGGGAUGCCCACACAGGAGAAGCCAAACAGCAGUUUCCUUUUCAUUCGGGCACUGGGACGUUUGGGCGGGUGCAUCUGGUGAAGGAGAAGACAGCCAAGCAUUUCUUCGCCCUCAAGGUGAUGAGCAUUCCCGACGUCAUCCGCCUGAAGCAGGAGCAGCACGUACACAAUGAGAAGUCUGUCCUGAAGGAAGUCAGCCACCCGUUCCUGAUCAGGCUGUUCUGGACGUGGCAUGACGAGCGCUUCCUCUACAUGCUCAUGGAGUACGUGCCGGGUGGCGAGCUCUUCAGCUACCUGCGCAACCGGGGGCGUUUCUCCAGCACCACGGGGCUCUUCUACUCUGCGGAGAUCAUCUGUGCCAUCGAGUACCUGCACUCCAAGGAGAUCGUCUACAGGGAUUUGAAGCCGGAGAACAUCCUGCUGGAUAGGGAUGGCCACAUCAAACUCACGGACUUCGGGUUCGCCAAGAAGCUGGUAGACAGGACUUGGACCCUCUGCGGAACACCUGAGUACCUAGCCCCCGAAGUCAUUCAGAGCAAGGGCCACGGAAGGGCCGUGGACUGGUGGGCCCUCGGCAUCCUGAUAUUCGAGAUGCUCUCGGGGUUUCCACCGUUUUUUGAUGACAACCCGUUUGGCAUUUAUCAGAAAAUUCUUGCAGGCAAAAUAGAUUUCCCCAGACAUUUGGAUUUCCAUGUAAAAGACCUCAUUAAGAAACUGCUCGUGGUUGACAGAACAAGGCGAUUAGGGAACAUGAAGAACGGGGCGAAUGAUGUGAAACAUCAUCGGUGGUUCCGCUCCGUGGACUGGGAAGCUGUUCCGCAGAGAAAACUGAAGCCUCCCAUCGUGCCCAAGAUAGCUGGCGACGGCGACACUUCCAACUUCGAAACUUACCCUGAGAAUGACUGGGACACAGCCGCGCCUGUGCCGCAGAAGGAUUUAGAAAUCUUCAAGAAUUUCUGAGGACAGGAGCUCACAUCUGGAAGAAACAGGAAGAUUGGAAUCUGCCUGGAACAAAGAACUGCACCUAAGCAGACCAGAAGCAAAAUGUCUUCUUCACGGCAUAAGGACAUCUCCACUUUUCUCUGUACCUGUGUGUAUAGAAAUAGAUCAGAGCACAGUUGAAAUUCAUGGAACUGGCAUUAUUUAAGCAACUGGAAUUCCACACUGUAGGAAGGUUUUGAAAAUUGUUUGGUUGUAGAUUUUAUCUUAUCCUUUAGUGUUGUGUUCCUACUGUGAUGUCUUGAUUUUUGUCAUAGACUUAAGUUUGUAAGUUUGAACUGGACUUGUUCGAUUAUAACCACAAAUUGUGUGUGUGUGUGUGUGUGUGUGUGUAUGCCUGUGUGUAUAUAUAGAAGUCAUUAUGGCAGAUGCACAGAAAUUGUGCAGUGAUGUAAAUGUUCAUACUUUACAGAGCCUAUAAUUUUUAUUUUUCAAUUUGUUUUUUCAAAAAUCUCUUCUCGGGGACAACAUCUGAAGGGUAUGUUGCAUGCAUUAAAAAAAAAUCAUCUCACAUGCAUUUUAUAGUUUGGGGGAAGAAAAUAUCAUGGGGAGGUCUACCUUCAGUAUCUUUAGUGCUUCCUACCUGGUAACUUGAGACUUUAAAAGAAGAAACAAAGAGAAGAUAUGGGAGCGAAUUUAUUCCAAGAAUCUACAGUGACAUUGAAGCUGUUGGAGGAGUGUACUGUAUUUAAAAAAACCUUCUGUGACAUAUUCAAAAAUUUCAUCUGAGCUGCGUGCAGUGGCUUGUUCCUAUAGUCCCAGCACUUCGGGAGGCUGAGGUGGGUGGAUUGCUUGAGCCCAGGAGUUGGAGACCAGUCUGGGAAACGUGGUGAGACCUCAUCUCUACAAAAUACAAAAAAAUUAGCCGGGCAUGGUGGCACAUGAAUGUAGUCUCAGCUACUCAGGAGGCUGAGAUGAGAGGAUCACUUGAGCCUGGGGAGGUCCAGGCUGCAGUGAUCCGAGAUCACACCACUGCAUUCCAGCCUGGGUGACAGAGUGAGACCCUGUCCAAAAAAAAAAAAAAAGAAUGCAAUGGCUUUGCGCUUUUGAAGAUGGAUUGAAGAGAACGUCCACCUUAAGGCUUUAAAAGACAGUGAAGCUGGGUGCGGUGGCGCACUCCUGUAACCCUGGGACUUUGGGAAGCUGAGGCAGGAAGAUUGUUUGAGCCUAGGAGUUCGAGACCGGCCUGGGCAACAUAGCCAGUCCUCAUCUCUAUAAAAAGAAAAAAAAAUGUUUAAACACAGUGAAAUUGCAGCAACAGAAAAUAGCCACCCUUUUUCAUCAGUGACCUUUCCUUCACAUAGAGGUCAACUCAGUAGGUGAGAAUAAUUAGUAGGUUCAGCAGAAUAAACUCUUUACAAUUAAUAACUCAGUGGAAAAUGAUGUUCAGAUGGUGAAAUGUGGAAAUGUUUUAGACAACUGUAUUUUCAGCCUGUGCUUCUCACUCACCAUCCUGUUGGGAUUAACAGUUGAGGGCCUUCGCUGUCUAAACAUCUGGCAUGCAGUUUCCCAUCAGUUUUACCAUGAAUGUGAAAAGGUGAAACUGGUGCUGACUUCGGCAGCAGGUAUACUAAAAUUAGAAUGACACAGAGGAGAUUAGCAUGGCCCCCUGCAUAAGGAAGAUCCGCAGAUUCAUGAAGCAUUCCAUAUUUUUUUAAAAAAAGGUUAAACUGUGCACCGAGAUGUGGAACUAGAAGGAAAAGCAUUAAAUCUCGUGUUUGCUGACUAUAAAAGUAAAUGAUAGUGAUAUUAUUGAACAUUCUACUUUAAAAACUAUGACUAAAACCAUAAAUGAAACACUUGAGCACACUUUAAAAAGUACAUAGACCCAUGAGUCCAUAUGCCUAUUUUUAUGUUGUCUGUUUUAUUAUCCCGGAUUUCAUUUUGAGAUGAGAAUUAGCAUCAGGAAAGCCUGAAAUGCCUUAAUUGUGAACUGAUAUGCAGGAAAAUGAGAUAUGCAAGCACACUGAUGACCUUGUUCUUUACGGACAUUGUAAUCAGCCUCCAGCCACACAGAACAAAUGAGAAAUUAGAAGCGAUUCCAAGAACAUGUGAUGGUGUGAAACCCACUUUCGACCGUCACACACAUUUCAGCAUUUGAAGUGACACAGGCUACCUGGUAACUGCCCAUGGCGGGGUCAUAGUUUAAAUGGCCCAAUGUCAUGUAGAGGUUAAUCAAAAUGAGCUAUAAACAUGGAGCAAUCACUGUAUAAUUUUAAAAUAGUUUACCUGACCAGGCAUGGUAGCUCACGCCUGUAAUCCCAGCACUUUGGGAGGCCGAGGCAGGUGUAUCACCUGAGGUCAGGAGUUCGAGACCAGCCUGGCCAACAUGGCAAAACCCCCAUCUCUAGUAAAAUACAAAAAUUAGGUGUGGUGGCGGGCACCUGUAAUCCUGGCUACUCGGGAGGCUGAGGCAGGAGAAUCGCUUGAACCUGGGAGGCAGAGGCUGCAGUGAGCCGAGAUUGUGCCACUGCACCCCAGCCUGGGCAACAAAGCGAGACUCCAUCUCAAAAAAAAAAAAUAAAAAAAAAAUAAAAAUAGCUGACCUGGGUGGGCAUUCCAAAAUUUUCACAUAGAUGAUCAUGUGAAACAAUCACUGUGCAUAAUGUGGAGGAAAAUUCAUUACAAUCAUCACAAAAUUUGUAUCAGAAAAACAUUAGAAAUUUACUUUGCUUCAUGUAAUUUUAUGAGUUGGCAGUAUUUUCUUAAAUUGGAAUACUAUAAGAGAAUAGGACACGGAUAUGUUACAACAAGAAGUAUAUUGGGGCAAGUCUUGUUUUUCUGAAGGGAAAUGCCACCAGCCUGCUUUCAUAGGCAUUGAUAAAGGCAGGAAGGAAAUAAAGUCACAACCGAAUAGUACACACUGUAUCUACUGAAUUCUUCUAAUUCCUUCGCAACAGAACUCUAAAUCCUGCUUAGCCUAAACAUAUCUAUAGCCAGCGAUGGGCAAAUUAUAUUUGCUGUCAGCACGAUAGAAGAAGAAGCAGAAACCCCCUAGCAGUGGGGUAAGAUUGCGCGCUUCAUCCCCUCAAAAUGCUGUUCAGCCCCACUCCCGCUCCAUGCCCUCAAACAACUGCACAAUCACUUGUUAGUGAAUUUCUCAUUCAGCGUUUUGUUUCUUCCUGUCCAUACUUAAAGACCAAAUCAUUUGUUUGCUUUGAAAAAGCAAAAACAAGAACAAAAACACCAAAUCAUUUGAAAUCACUAUCCAUUAAAAAAAAUCACCAGUGGAACUAAACAGUUGAGUGGUUUGGGAUGUGUUCGCCAUUUCUGUGUUUGACCUACAUGGCCUCUAGUUCUUUGGACCAUUGUAACUGUGAAACUAUGGCUUCAUACUGUUAAAGACCCCAAGGCUCAACUCUGUAGCCAGGGUGCACCUCAGGCUGCACAAAUACCACACCAGAAUGUCACAGUCAUUCAUGGCUCCAGCUACUGAGUGAACAGGGUGCAAGACAGCACUGGCUUGGGUUUUAUUUUUGCAGCCAGUUAACUUUGCAUCAGGUCUACACAGUCCUUGCAGCCUUUGAUUUCUCCAGUUGUAGAGAUUUGAAAUGGGGUGCCCGGGUUCCUCUCAUUUUUCCUUCAAUCUACCUAGCAUGCAUUUUACACACAUUGGAGGAGUCGUAUGCACUGUUUUUCUGUUGCUGAUGGAGGCAAGAAGGUCUUCUAAUUCGUCUAACUUAAACGGAUGGGAUUCACUUAACAAAAGCAAGAAGAAAAGCACACGAACAGGUGUCUUAAUGCAUUUGGAUAGUUUCUUUGCGGGGCGGGGGUGUGUGUGUGUGUGUGUGUGUGUGUGUGUGUGUGUGUGUGUGUGUGUGUGUGUGUGUGUCUGUCUUGGUGUGUGUGUGUGUGUGUGUGUGUGUGUGUGUGUGUGUCUGUCUGUCUUGGUGUGUGUGUGUGUGUGUGUGUGUGUGUGUGUGUGUCUGUCUUGGUGAAGGUGAGGGGCUGUAUUUUCACCAAGCCUUUUCAUAAUCAAGUUUGGUUUGCAAACCUUAUGGCCUUGCACCCUGCAGAACAGUCCUUCCUAAUAGCAGGGAUGCUCUGUCAUGGUUUUCUGUAAAUUAUCGUGUGUUGGGAAGUUCUGUUCAGGCUUAGUUUGAUCUUCCAUGGUGGAGACGUCUGUUCUGUAUGUAAAAGGCAUUACAAUUGUGUUUUAGCAGAUGAGAUUUGAAGCCUUUCCACAGUCCUUGUGCUCUGAGAUGGCUGUUGAGCUCUGCUCAGCUGUCGUAGCUGAAUUCUUUUUUUUGCGCUGAACACUGGGCAGCCUCACCAUGUUGCCAACGUGCUUCUGGGGCCCCUUGACUGCCGCCGGAUACCGCGCACACAGGCAGAGUGCCUUUGCAGGUUUGUGCACCCCUUGGCGAGCCAGAACUGGGAACCCCGCGGGGUGACCCCGCCUUCUCAUGGGGGGUCGGGGAGGGGAGUGCCUAUUUUUAAUCCUGUCUGUUUGUUGCACAAUGGAAAUCACUGUGAUUUGUACAUAUGCCCUAGGAAAAUUUUACUGCUGUCUAAUUUAUGUAAUAAUACUGUUGAUUCCAGGUUUGUUUAAUAAAACUUUGUAUCUUUUCAGAA